UGACAAAUGAAAAAAGAGCUGGAACCAGGGGCGGACUGACCAUUUGGAAACUUGGGCACUGCUCGAGGGCCAGAGGUCAGUAGGGGUCCCCAUGAGAUGCCCCUGGUACCUUUUUCAUAGGCUUUUUUGAGUUUGGGCAAGGACACAGAGGCCCCAUGAUCCCCUAUUGCUCGGGGGCCCCAUGAGUUGUCAGUCCGCCCCUGGCUGGAACUCACAAUGUUUACCAGGAACACCCAGAACUCCCAGGUGGACAGAAAUGGGAAUUAGGGCAAGGAGCUCUUGCUACUGGAGUACCCAAGACUACCCAAAAUCUGCGAUUUUCUUUCUCUUUAGUAUUGGUGAUAACGGUAAACAGGACAAAUAGAGAGGGUUAAACUCCCUAACG